CCGAAUCUUCCCGAUGCCAUUGAAGAACAGCAAACCGUCGUCGUCAUCGGGAACUCGUAGUUCCAUGCGAGGAGAGGAAGGGGAUCAGGGUUUAGGUUUUCCAUUUUCCCCGAUUCAAUCGAAAUCCAUUAGAAUUGCAUCUUCUUCCAGAGAUGUGGCACGAGGCGAGGAGAUCCGAGAGGAAGGUCCACGACAUGAUGGACGCUGCUCGAAAGCGAGCUCAAAGGCGCGCCGUCUUCCUCGCCAAGCGCCGUGGCGAUCCUCAGCAAUCCAUCCAGGUCGUCGGAACUCGCUGCCGCGUUUACCGUGACGAUGGUCUCUAUCAAGCAACUCAGGACCAACAAGGCCUGAUUCCUUGGAAUGGUAAGCAGGAUGUAAUGAUUGACAGAUUUGAUGGACGUGCCCUGCUUGAUUUCAUUCGAGAACCCCGACAUAUUCGAACACAAGAAAAAUCGGAGGAAGAAGAGGAAUUAGAAGAGUUUGUUAAUUUUCAGCGUUAUCGAGAUUUAAUUAAGCAUCGACGUCGAGGAUUUAAUGAUGAGGAUGGUUUACAACAUGUAAAUCAAGAAAUGGAAUCCAAGGUGUCUGCUCCAUUUGUAUCAGACAGAUCUCAGCAACCGCAGCCUCCUUCUGCUGCAAGCAAGGGAUCAUAUUCACAAGUGGCAUUUUCUUAUGAGGCGGAUGUGAAGGAGGAAUCAAAUUCAGAUGCAGAUGAUAAUGCUAGUGAAGAUGAUGAGGACGAGGAUGAAGAGGAGGAAGAUUUUAACAGUGAUGACAGUAAUGACGAAGGAAUGGAGGUAAUAGCAAAAGAGUUCGGAGUCAAAAGAUAUGGUUGGCUUGUUUACAUGGAUAAAAAGGCUAAAGAGGAAGAGAAGAGGCAAAAGGAAAUAAUCAAAGGUGAUCCUGCAAUAAGAAAGCUAAGUCGCAAGGAAAGAAGGAAAGCAUCUCAAAUGGAACGGGAAAGGGAAAGAGAAGCUGCACGAAUUACUGGUACCAGAGUUCUCCAUCAUGAUCCUUACCGAGAGUCUCGACGUAGUCCAACUUAUGAUGCUUAUCCACGUUCUAGAAGAUCAAGGUCCAGAUCGCAUUCCCCAUCACACUCGAGGCGUCAUUCUCGUGGGCAUUCUGAUGAUCAUCGAAACAAACCAAGGACUCCUAAAAUUGAAUUUAUCACAGAAUUUGGGGGCUCUGGCGAAAGCAAGGAACCGAGGCUAGAAGGACUAUCUCCACCACCAUCUCCUCCAUCUCAGCCUGAUAUGUUAAACCGGCCAUCAUCUGGUGCUGGUCGUAUACUCGAGGCAUUGCAUAUCGAUCCAGCAUCUGGCGUGACACUUGAUAAAGAUAAGAGCGGCAGAGCUGUAAAACCAUCAGCAAGUACGUCGUCAGCGCUUGCAAAGUUAACUAAGGCAAGUUCUUCUGGAGGGCCUUUAAAACAGGGAGAAAAGAAAGAAACUCCUCAAGAACGACUAAAGAGAAUCAUGAGUCAACAGCUUAAUAAACAAAUUAAGAAAGAUACAGCAGCAGAAAUGGCUAAAAAGAGAGAGCAGGAGCGCCAGAGACUUGAAAAGCUAGCAGAAACUAGCCGAUUAAAUGGUCACAGGCGUCGGAGCCGCAGUAAAAGCUACAGCCGAUCACCUCGUAGAAGAUACCGCCGGAGUAGGAGUAGGAGUAGGAGUAGAAGUAGAAGUAGGAGUAGGGGUUCGCGGAGAUAUUAUUCUCAUUCCCGGUCUCGAUCUCGCUCUCAUUCUCACUCUCACUCUCGAAGCCAUUCUCGCUCUCAUUCCCGUUCACCUUCUUACUCUCGCUCACCAAGGGUGAGGAGCCGUACAAGAUAUUAGAAAAGGAAUGCUGAAUCCUUUUUUCUGGGAAUAUUUCAUCCUCUCUUCUCUCUUAUUUCUCAUAUUUUUGUUAUGUUUCUUACUCCGAAUCUGUUCCUUUCCCUCUCGUUUGUAUUUGUUUAUAAUAUUGAAAAAAAAUUACUUAAAAAAGUUUACAUGGUCUUGGACUUGUUAU